AACUAGGCUCUGCUGGUAGUAAGGAGGCCACUCUCGAAGCAGGCGUUGAGCUGUGCACAUCUCCCCACCACAGGCACCUUCUCCAUAUAUCCAGCUUUUAUUUCAUUUUUUCCACUUGGCUGAGCCAUCCAGAGCCUUUUCAAUGUAUAAAAUGGAAUAUUCUUACCUCAAUUCCUCUGCCUACGAGUCCUGUAUGGCUGGGAUGGACACUUCGAGCCUGGCUUCAGCUUAUGCUGACUUCAGUUCCUGCAGCCAAGCCAGUGGCUUUCAAUAUAACCCUAUAAGGACCACUUUUGGGGCCACCUCUGGCUGCCCAUCCCUCACUCCAGGAUCCUGCAGUCUCGGCUCUCUUAGGGACCACCAGAGCAGUCCAUACGCAGCAGUUCCUUACAAACUCUUCACCGACCACGGGGGUUUAAACGAGAAGAGAAAACAGAGGCGGAUCAGAACUACGUUCACCAGCGCCCAGCUCAAGGAACUGGAGAGGGUGUUUGCAGAGACUCAUUAUCCUGAUAUAUACACCCGGGAGGAGCUGGCACUCAAGAUAGACCUCACCGAGGCGAGAGUGCAGGUCUGGUUCCAGAACCGCCGCGCCAAAUUCCGCAAGCAGGAGAGGGCGGCGGCGGCGGCGGCGGCGGCCGCCAAGAACGGGGCGGCCGGCAAGAAGUCGGACGCCUCCCGCGACGACGAGAGCAAGGAGGCCAAGAGCACCGACCCCGACAGCACCGGCGGCCCCGGCCCCAACCCCAAUCCCGCUCCCAGCUGUGGCGGAGGCGGUGGCGGCGGGCCCAGCCCCGCCGCCGGACAGGGAGCGGCGGGGCCCGGCGGACCGGGGGGCGAGCCGGGCAAGGGAGCGGCCGGGCCCGGCGGGCUGGCGGCGGCGGGGCCGGGGCAGGGCUGGGCGCCGGGACCCGGGCCCAUCACCUCUAUCCCCGACUCGUUAGGCGGCCCCUUCGCCAGCGUCCUCUCCUCGCUGCAGCGGCCCGGAGGCACCAAAGGCAGCCUCGUCAAGAGCGGCAUGUUCUGA